AUGCUUGGGGGGGGCUUUUGCCGGCGCUGUCUAGGGCGAUGCGGGGUUGAGAUUUCCAUCGCAAAGCAGUCGUUGUCGCUGUCGCUGUACUGUUGUCGAACUGGCGGCGAACAGUCAAUGUAUUUUCAGCUGUGCUUACCCGUAUGGGCCCAGUUGCCACGAGGUCGUUGCAUCAUGCUGCUGGAAACCCCCAUUGCAAGCAACAUGCCACGCACUCGGAGAUUUGUUUUACAGAUCCCCCAAUCGCGGGUCCCAGACUGCGCGCAACUUGCAAUAUGGCACAACGCCUCCGAAGCCCCUAGCACCUCAACAACCACGCUCUUUUGCGAGAAAAAGCAGCGCAAAUUUACAUUCUCAAACUUCAUACGCCCAAAUCGAAUCACUCAAGGCUGA